UGAUAAAAGAAAAGAAAGAAGAAGAAUAGAAAAGCCCAUAUCCCACUUUUAAACCUCUCACAUCUCCCAAUGACUACCAAAUCCAUCCAAGAGCUUCUCAAUCUCCUCAAUCCUCCUCCCUCCUCCUCCGCCGUCAAGCCCGAUAUUCCGGCCACGACCGCCCGCCCUCCUCCACCGCCGCCGACGACCUCCGACGCCGACGCCGACACCAUCUUCAUCCCCAGCUACUCCAGCUGGUUCUCCUUCGACCGCGUCUACCAAACCGAGCGCCGAUCCCUCCCGGAAUUCUUCAACUCCCGCUCGCCGGCCAAAAACCCUAACCUCUACAAGUACUACCGCAACCACAUCAUCAAGCACUACCGCUCCAACCCCGGCCGCCGCCUCACUUUCACCGACGUCCGCAAAACCCUAGUCGGCGACGUCGGCUCCAUUCACAGGGUCUUCAAUUUCCUCGAGGCUUGGGGUUUGAUCAAUUACGCUCCCUCGAUCAAGUCGCUGAAAUGGGAGGAGAAGGACGCGAAGUCCGCCGCCGCGCACGGCGGCGGCGCUCAGUCACCGAAGCCCGGUCCGAAAGACGCUUCUGCCCCUAACAAGGACAAGAAGAGGACCUGCAAUGGCUGCAAGUCUCUCUGCAGCAUUGCCUGCUUUGUUUCCGAAAAGUAUGAUAUGACUCUAUGUGCAAGAUGUUAUGUUCGUGGGAACUAUCAGAUUGGUGUGAAUUCUUCGGAUUUUAGAAGGGUUGAGAUUAAUGAGGAGACUGGGGAUGGUUGGGCAGAUAGAGACACAUUGCAUUUGCUAGAAGCACUCAUGCAUUAUGGUGAUGAUUGGGGGAAGGUUGCACAACAUGUUGGUAGAAGCGAGAAGGAAUGUGUGGCUCACUUCCUCAAGCUUCCUUUUGCUGAUAAACCGAUAGAUGAUUUGGAUUCCGAGAAGUUGGAUGGUAGUGGUGUGAGUCCGUUGAAGGAGGGGAAUGGGGAUGAUGAGGUUGGUUGGGAGAGUAAGAGGAUGCGUCUCACGCCUCUUGCAGAUGCCAGCAACCCGAUCAUGGCUCAGACUGCGUUUCUGUCUGCUUUGGCGGGUGUAAAGGCUGCAGAAGCUGCUGCUCGUGCUGCUGUGACAACCCUGUGUGAGGCGGAUUAUGAAACAAGUAGGAUGAGUGUUGGACCUCGGGGGGUGAGUGGGGGUGAUGCUGUGUCGAAUGGAGACACUGAAGCUAGACUGAAUGCAAUGGGAGGCGCUUUUGUGGAUGCGAAUUCGGAGCUGGAGAAGGAGGGGCUGGGUGUGGAGAGAGCAAUUGCUGGGAUUACAGAGGUGCAGAUGAAAGAGAUUCAAGAUAGGAUUGUUCGUUUCGAGGAAUUAGAUUUGCAGUUGGAGAAAGAAAAGCAACAACUGGAGCAAAUGAAAUCAAUGCUGUUUGUGGAUCAGCUUACGCUUUUGUCUCAUAAGAGAUCUGCACCUAAAACCAAAAGCUAGAGGAGGAUGCAUUAGUAGAAUGCAAACACGGAUGGACUUUAUGUAGUUCAUGUAUGUUCUUCCAAGUAGACCGAUGUAGUAUUAUUAGCAUUUUAUUGCAAACUCGCAUUAUUCAAGGAGAGACAACUUUGAUUCUCAGCAGAAAGCAACGUCUGCUUUGCUUGCCAAUACCUAACUGCAAGUAGGCGACAUUCUUCAA